AUGCCGCCGACACCGCGGAACCGGAAGGCGCCCCCGUCCAAGGCGCAGCGGCGGCCGCGGUCCCUCUCCCUCCUGGACUUCCGGUCGCCGGCGGACGGCGCGUGGUACGGCGCGCGCGUGACGGUGCAGCGCGGCGCGCUUCGCGUCAUGUACGAGGAGUUCCUCGAGGAGCAGGACGAGUGGUACGACCCCGCGGCGCUCGCGGCGGCAUCCUCCUCCUCCGCCGCGCGCGACGUCGCCGCGCUCCGCGCCAGGUUCCGCACGGCGGCGCUGCCCCUGGAGGACGCCCGGUGCCGCGACCUCCGCGCCGGCGCGCCGCUCUGCAUCUCCUGCCCGCUCGACGAUGGCCUGCUCAAGUUCUACGACGCCGUCCUCGAGUCCGUCGUGCCCGCGGCUCACGGGAUCGUGGACGGCGAGGAGCGGUGCGCGUGCCGUUUCACGGUGCGGUGGACGGACGGGCCGCGCGCCGGGAGCAGGGAGGAGGUCGGCGUCGAGCGGAUCUGCUGCGUGCAGCCCUCGCCGGUGCAGGACCCGGUGCUCAUCGAGUUCCUGGACGGCGUGACCAAGCUGCUCGGAGAUGGCAACAGCGGUGGUGCGACGGCGUCUCAGGAGAACGGCGCCGUCGCGGCAGCGGAAGGCGGCGUCACUGCUGAUGUGCCGCCCGGAUUUUACCGGAAAUUCGGAGCAAGGGCGUAGGCAGGCAGCAAGCGUCUUGAUGUGCAUGGUUCUGCAGCUGGGCAUUGGCUGUCUGAUUGUCUCUGACCUGUGUGCUGCUCCAACAAAUGUGCGCAUUUUGUCUUGGCUUGAUCUUCUCUUCCUAAUCCUGUAUC